AUGAAUGUUCAAACACUAAGUCUUACUCUUCCGAGUAGUCAAAGUAAUCAAAAACCACAUGUACAUCAUUUCCCAUUAAACAAUCAACGACAUCAUCCAACAUUAUCAUCGCACAAUGUACAAUCAACAACUACAGGGAACAGUCUUAAACCUAGACCUUAUCAUUUAAAUGAUUUUGCAAAUAAUCAAUUCUUUAUUGCUAAACGUAAAAUUGAUGAAGCUUUUCGUGGACAACAACCACAACUAAGAAAUGCUCGAUCAACCAAUGAUCUUUUGAAUUUAUUUGAUCAACAUACAAGUAGAUCUAAACGACAGGAAAAUAAAAUCAACAAAACUUCAUCAUUUGAUAAAGAUAAUCAUGUAUCUGUUGUCAAUCUUCAUGUGAGUCCGCCAUCUUCAAUAACACAACCUCAUGAUCAAUCAUCAAAAGGACUUAUUCGACCUUAUGAAGUCUGGAGUGGUGUUAAAAAUCCAUUUGCAAAAUAA